GUUCAUUAAUGCCAGAAGGCGAAUAGUGCAACCAAUGAUUGACCAGUCUAAUAGAGCUGGAGGAGCUAGUGCUGCGUAUGGACCAGAUGGUGCAGGCAUGGGUUAUAUGAUGGAUGGCAGUCAGCAGAUGCAUAUUAGACCCCCAGGAAUGCAGAAUUUGUCUUGCAGUGAGGGUGCAAUGGGCAUGGGCCACAUGGGUGGAAUGGGUGGUUACACACAAAUGUCGCAACUACGUUCUCCUGUCCAUUCUCAAGCUAUGCUUCUGCCUGGACACCCUCAUGCUAUGAUGAUGGCCCAUGGACCUAUGGGUCACCCAGGCUUACCACCUCAAGGCUCCCCUUAUGAUGCUUCAGGAGGGCACAUCAUGGACAUCCAUGCCAGUUAAGCUGAGACAUCACAUUCUCGACAUCCAUUUUCUGUAUCCAUUCUUAUCUUAAUCUUCCCUCUGUGUUCUGUAAGAUAUGGAGCGGACACGAAAAGAAUUAUGCAGCUCGAACUUUUUAUUAUUUUUCCCUUUGGAUGAUUUUGUGCUGAUCCAUCGAUAAAGGGUAGGAUGUGGAAGAAAUGUUUUCGAUUGAAAUAAUCACCUCACUAGUGUUAUUAUUGUAUUAUUGUUAUAAUUCUUAUUGGCAAUGUAUGAGAAUUUUUUAUUUAAUUUUAGAUGUAAGGGAAUUGUAUUUUAAUCCAAAAAAGUGAUGCACAUAUUCAAUAGAGAAUUGCCUAUAAUUUUCUUCUAAAAUAUGUUUUACGCAGCUGUUUACGUUUGUAAUUUCUUGCUUAAUUGCUAACUUCUAUUUUAAAAAAAUUUUUCUUUUUAUGAAUAUAAAUGUAAAUUGCUAUUACCGGAAUAAUAUUAUCAAAAUGUAUAUUUAUUUCUUUUAAUAGAAUUUGUAUGCAAAAACUUAAGAAAUUUUUUUUUUGAUUUAUCUUUUGCGUCAAGUCAGAUGCAUUUAAAUAAAGAAGUAUAAAGUUAAUUGUAAAAAAUUUUCUUAUUCAAAUUUUGUAAGCAUGAUUUAUUGUCGGUAAAUAUUGCUAAAUUUAUUUUCGUUUCUUUUUGCCUUGAUAUCCUGGCCAGUGAAACUGAAUGCGAAUUAUUGGUCAGUAAGUGUUUUAGGGCAUUAUAAUAUUAUUUGCAAUGUGAAUGUUGUAUUUUCAUAAGUCGCAUCACUUUGAAGAUAUUAGUUGUAUUAUCUUAUUCCAUAUUUUUAGGGUUGCUUUAAAUAAAUGCAUUCAGUUAUAGAAAAUUGACUACAAUAAUCAAUAAAAUAAUCCCUAUCGUUGUUGAUGAAACCGUGAGUGAGGAAGUCAAUUUAUUGGUUAAGUAUGGUUGUGUAUAUAAAUAAUUUGUUUUAAUUGGUAAAAAGAAGUUUUUUAGAAACCUAGAGUUUUACACUGAACUACGGGUUGAAACCCAUUUUUUUAUUUAGCAGCAUUUAGUAGAAAAUCUUGUUCAUUGAUCGAUUAAAUUACAUUUUAAUAUAUGUUUAACCUGUGACUUGUUUAUUGUUUGUUUUUUCGUCAUUAAAUAAAUCAUUUUAUAAUUAUGUUAGAUUGUAAGAUCAUAAAUAUGAUGUAAUUUAAUUCAUUUUAAAUUUAUAAAUUUUCAAUUUUUUUAAAUACUAUGCAAAAUGUCAGGCAUUUAGUUUUGUAAUAAACAAUUUAAAAUACAUAAAUUUAACUAGAACCACUACUUUUAUUCUUAUGGUGAACAUUUCUUUGGUGUAAGCGAGCAAUUAACAGUACAUAAUUAUUCAGGCAAAACUAUAGUUAUUUUUUCAUAUUUUUAUUUUAUAUUUUCAAAUGUGAAACUUACAUUUAAAGGACACUUUUUUUCAAAUAGUCUUAAUCAGCUAUUCCAGUUAAUAUUAAGAAUUCUUACAUUUUACCUGGUUUCUAAAAACUCUGUGAAAUCUAAAUAAAGAGCACAUUUAAACUGAUUAAUUUCGCAUUUUAUUUAAUCUUAUCCAAGUGAAAAUUUUAUUACCCAUGGUGAAAAUUUUUAUUUGAAGCCCGUAUGUCUAUGCUUAGGGACUAAAAUGUAAAUAUUUUUUUUUAAAGAUUAAAACUUGAACUUAUUUAACCUCAACUUAUUGGAUUCUGAAAACUUAUGUACAAUAUAAAUUUUCUGUUUUUAAUUAUAUGCAUUUUAAUGUUAAAAAGGGACAUCACAAACUAAAUAAAAGAACAACUUUUAUAAUUAUAUUAAUUUGUAACAUCUGAAAAUUUGAAGCAGUUUUGUAAAAUUUCGAUUUUUCAAGUUUCAAAUUAUCUUUUUAAUAAUACACGCAGUGUAUAUGAAGAUGCUAGGAUAUUAAAGCUUGUCCUAUGAAUUUUAUUUAAAAUGUGCAUAUAUGCUGCAUAUUGUAAAAAUAUAUGUGCUGUGAAUAUCGUGUAAGCAGCACAGUUUGUAUCCAAAAGUGCUGGAUAAUAGAAACCGAUAUGUAUAAAAUACAUAAAAAUCAGAAACUUUAGAAUUUGUAAAUUACUAUCUUUAACAAAAGUUAUGUGGAAAGUCUCUUUGAACAAGUUUUUCUGCUCUGUAUCUGUUAUAUAUAAAUAUGCAAAGCAACUUGCAACUUUCUUGUUGAAGUAUGUAAUUUUUUCUUCCCACUCAUAAUGUGGGUUCUAAUAUCCAUGUAAUUCUCACAAAACUGUUGGGGAAAGUGGAAUUUUUUUUUCUUUCCGGACACACCCCACCAGUUCUUGUUCUGUACAGAUUACAGGUGGCAAUGCAUUGUAUGUGAGGUAGUGUUGUAAUAAGCCAGUUCGCUGGUAAUUUGUUGUCAACGAUUUAAAAAAAAAUGUAAGAAAUAAAAAAUGUUCUCAAACGUU